UUCAGCCAUUGAGCUCGGCAGCCUGGGUCUAGGGUGUUAUGGCUGUGAUAAGCAAUAUAAUAUGAUCACUUCUGUCACUAUGCGGAUAUUUAGCAUUUUAUAGGGGUCCGUCAAGAGCAUUAGGCUAAGAUUUAGAUUAGGUGUAAUAGUUUGGAGCAGCAGAUCCGUGAUGUCUGUGGCAGCUGGUGGCAGUGGAGCCUCUCUCGGCGCAGCGGCUUCUGGGUGUCUGUCUGCAGGCUCGCCCUAUGCCGCUGCUGCAGCCGGGGGAGGAGCGGGCUCGGCCGGGGGAGCGGCUGGCGUGGCUGGGAGACUCCCAGCUCGAGUUCUGGAGCACAUUUUCUCAUAUUUGGAGCUGUCGGACCUCAUGCGGUGCUCGCUAGUUUGCUGGCACUGGUAUAACAUCUUGUCGGAUGAAAACAGCGAGGUGUGGCGCAGUCUUUGCACCCGGAGUCUCAGCGACGAGGCUCUGCGCUCUGAUGUGCUGUGUAACCUGCCCACUUACAAGGGAAAGCUCAAGUCCUUUCAACACGCUCUGAGUUCCCACGACUGCUCACGGAAUGUUUACAUCAAGAAAAAUGGCUUCACCCUGCACCGAAACCCCAUCGCCCAAAGCACAGACGGCGCAAGGGGCAAAAUUGGCUUCUCAGAGGGACGGCACGCUUGGGAGAUUUGGUGGGAGGGUCCUCUUGGUACUGUAGCGGUUAUUGGUAUUGCCACGAAAAGGGCAGCUAUGCAAUGCCAAGGCUAUGUGGCUCUAUUGGGUAGUGACGACCAAAGUUGGGGCUGGAACUUAGUGGACAAUAAUCUUCUUCACAAUGGAGAGGUGAAUGGAAAUUUCCCACAAUGCAACAAUGCGCCAAAAUAUCAGAUUGGAGAAAGGAUACGAGUGAUUCUAGACAUGGAUGACAAGACUUUAGCAUUUGAGAGGGGUUUUGAGUUUCUGGGAGUAGCUUUUCGAGGACUGCCCAAAGCUUGCCUGUUUCCAGCUGUAUCUGCAGUUUACGGCAACACCGAAGUCACCAUGGUUUACCUGGGCAAACCUCUGGACGGCUAGAAGAGGACAUGUGCCACUGUUGUUUAAUGUGCUAUAGAUUUGAAUAAUGGUUAAUUUAUAGCCACAGUUCCUGGACAUUAUCAACAUGGUGAUGGCAUUUGCUAUUCAUUUUUUAACCAUUUUGGAGGCAACGGACCAGCAAACCUUUACAAGAACUUUCACAGCGAAGCCUCUUUAACUAAAGGGAAAAACAUGAAUUGUGUUAAUCAGUGGACACUCAACAAUGCAGCUGCCGUAUUAUGAACUAAACUGGAUUUUAAUAGAGCUUAAUUAAAGGUGCAUUGUGUAACUUUUCUAGUUGAGGGUGCGUCAGAUGUUUUUCUUCAUGGAGAUGUUAUUGCUUUUUGAAUGUUACACAGUAUGGCAUUAAACCUUUCUAUCUUCAUGGAGACCAAACCAGACCAAGUUACAUGUCAGAUCUGUGAAGAGGCAAGACCCCUCACAGUCAGAAUGCCUGUUUUUCUAGGUAUUUUUGAGCAAUAGAAACACCUGUAACUUAAUAAAUGUAAGAUACAGCUCUUUAAUGUCAUACUGUGGAACAUUCCAAGCAGAGCAAUGACAUAUCCAUAGAAACAAGGAGAUGACAAACCCCCAACCAAAAAGUUUCAUAGUACACCUUUAAGAUUUGCACAGUUGAAGUGUUUGCGUUUUUCAAGUUACAACUCAUGAAUCAUGAACUAGAUUCUUCAUGCCUCCAUGCCAAACUUUUUGAAUAAAUGUACGCCAACUUGGAUCUACACAUGUGCAUGGUUAUGGCAAAAUAACUACUGCGUUUGCCAUUUUAAAGUCAUCAAGUAAUAUAUGUAUCUGUACCAUGUGUUUUAAUGUGCUACAGUAGUUAUACACUAUUUAUUUCUUAUCAAUGGAACUAUAGCCACAAUAUGGUUAAUAAAGUCUAAAUAGUGCCACUAGA